AUGAGGAGCCUGGCUGAGGCUGGAUGUCAGCCACAGCAGAGAAGCACCGAGACUAAGGAGGCUGCAGUGCCCAGGGCCCCCUCUCCACUGUCUGAGCAGAGGAGGCCUGGCCCUAUACCCUCCCCCAUUGCCAGGCGGGACCCACAGCCUGUUCCCAGGCCACGGAAACGCAGCCUGUGUGAAAUAGUGGAGAGCUCAGAGCGGAAGGUCAGCCAGGUGGCCCCAGGAGAGGCGCCAGGAGAGAGGCCCAUCCCUGCAGGAAGCAGGGAGGUCCUCACAGAGAAGCAGAAAGAGGCCCGAAAACUCAUGGUGUUUCUGCAGAGGCCUGGGAGCUGGGGGGUGGUGGAGGGGCUCCGGAAGCCCAGCUCCCCUGCCCGGGAGCAGGCCUUGGCAGCAGCUCUGCAGCGGCGGCUAGACCUGGGCAGCUGCCUGGAUGUUCUGGCCUUUGCCCAGCAGCAUGGGCAGUCUCGCCUGGCCCAGGAGACCUAUGCUUUGAUGAGUGACAAUUUGCUGCACGUGCUAGGGGACCCGACCCUCUACCGGCAGCUGAGUGGAGCUGACCGGGAGCGCAUCCUGAGCCUUCGGACUGGCAGGGGCCGGGCUGUGCUGGGCGUCCUUGUGCUGCCCAACCUCUACCAGGUGAGCCGCUCAGGGCUCCCACGGGGCUCCCAAGCCGAGGAGGCUCCUGCCAUGGGUCCUGCAUCCCUGCCUCCUCCAUCGCACCUGCAUGUGUUCAACCCCCAAGAGAACACGUGGCGGCUUCUGACUCAGGUGCCGGAGGAGGCCCCGCUGCGAGGCUGCAGUCUCUGCACCAUGCACAACUACCUGUUCCUGGCAGGGGGCAUCCGUGGCUCUGGCGCUAAGGCUGUCUGUUCCAACGAGGUCUUCUGCUACAAUCCUCUGACCAACAUCUGGAGCCAGGUGCGGCCCAUGCAGCAGGCCCGUGCCCAGCUCAAACUGGUGGCCCUGGACGGGCUGCUCUACGCCAUCGGGGGCGAGUGCCUGUACAGCAUGGAGCGCUACGACCCCCGCACAGACACCUGGACCUCACGCGCGCCCCUCCCCGCAGGCACCUUCCCUGUGGCACAUGAGGCUGUGGCCUGCCGUGGGGACAUUUAUGUCACUGGGGGCCACCUCUUCUACCGCUUGCUCAGGUACAGCCCUGUGAAGGAUGCAUGGGAUGAGUGCCCCUACAGUGCCAGCCACCGGCGUUCCAGCGACAUGGUGGCGCUGGGGGGCUUCCUGUACCGCUUUGACCUGCUGCGCGGUGUGGGCGCGGCUGUGAUGCGCUACAACACUGUGACGGGCUCCUGGAGCCGAGCUGCCCCCUUGCCCCUGCCAGACCCUGUCCCGCUGCGCUGCACAGUGCUGGGCAACACCAUCUACUGCCUCAACCACCAGGUCACUGCCACCUUCACAGUCUCUGAGGGGACUGCCCAGUUCCAGGCCAAGGAGCUGCAGCCCUUUCCCCUGGGGAGUAAAGGGGUCCUCUGUCCAUUCAUCUUGACUCUACCCCUUGAGGACCAGCUACAGACUUCUCUCUGAGCUGCUUGGGGCCAGGACUGCAGCUGCUGCUCUCCGGGCAGUACCUGGGCUGGACUGUGAGUUGGGUGGGGCACAGGGAGGUGGCUGUUCUUUCUGGGACAACUUCCCUUCUGUUUUAAUAAAGCUUCAUGCUCUCUCCUCCCCCCUUUCUCCUCCUUCGAUAGAGCCCAGGCUCCCUGCAUCUGUGAGCUGGUCUCCGGGGGUCCCUACCACACCCAUGCACCUCCUGCCUGUGUA